AUGGAAUUUUGGCCGGAGUUUUUUGCGAGCAGCUGUGUGAAAGAAUUUGUUGCCGGAGGAUUUGGAGGCACCGCCGGAGUUAUUGCCGGUUAUCCGCUGGACACGCUUAAGGUACAGCAGCAGCACCACAGCAGUGGGUCGGCUCUGCAGAUCCUCCGCCGCCUUGUGGCCAGCAAUGGGCUCCGAACUCUUUACCGGGGCAUGGCUGCUCCUUUGGCUUCCGUAACAUUCCAGAAUGCAAUCGCUUUCCAAACCUACGCCACAUUCUCACGAGCAACCGACCCACACAACCCGCCCUCCUUCAGAGGGGUGGCCUUAGGCGGCACAGGCACAGGCGCAGUACAGAGCCUCAUCCUCUGUCCAGUCGAACUCGUUAAAAUCCAUCUGCAGCUACAACAACAGGAAGCUGCCCACAUCCAAAGAGGCCCAUUAGACGUGAUGAGAACCAUUUUCAAGACCCAAGGCCUUAGAGGCGUAUACCGUGGAUUGGCCAUCACGCUUCUCAAGGAGGUCCCGAGCCACGGGGCCUACUUCUGGACGUAUAAGUACACGAGGGAGAAGCUGCACCCGGGCUGCCGUAAAAAUGGGCAAGAGACUUUCGGGACGAUGCUCCUGGCCGGAGGGAUGGCUGGGGUUGCCAGCUGGAUGUGCUGUUAUCCACUGGACGUGGUGAAGACGAGGAUCCAGGCUGAGUGUGGGUCGUCAGCUGUGAAGUAUGAUGGGAUUGCGGAUUGUUUUAGGAAGAGUGUGAGGGAGGAAGGGCCCGGCGUGCUGUGGAGGGGUCUGGGGACAACGGUGGCUAGGGCGUUUAUUGUCAAUGGGGCUAUUUUUACUGCCUACGAGACGGCCAUGAGGUGCAUUUGA